AUGGGUUGGGGAGGGAAAGGAGAGAAGAAGAGUUUGGCUGGAGGAAAAUCCACUCUGGUCAUCUCCAGCCCUCUCUCCAGGAGGCAGUCUGUCCAGAAUGAUGGGGAUGUUUCUGAACCAAACUUAACCAACUUGACUACUGCUUCUCAGCAAUCCAGGAAAAAUUUAGAAGCAAAAUAUGCUACUGUGAGAACAGGUAAGGGAAACGUGUUUGAGGACAAGAUUUCUGAUCAUCCAAAGGAAGAUGUGUUUGAAUGCUUUCCCACAACAUCAGGCAAAGUCCAGGGCUUUUUAAAUCCUUCCUUUCCACCACCUGAGCCUCAGCGGAAACCUUCCUCCGGGUCAUUGGAAAACUGUGGUCUUACAAAGGAAGGAGCAACAAAGCCAGCAUUUGGACAAAAGGAAAAUGGUAUUGGUAUUAUUGAACAUGCUCCGCGAGAGCAAAAAGUAAUGUCAAUUUUAUUUAUGUGCACAAAAAUAACAGAAGUGGUAAGUUAGUGAAUAUCUAUGAUACUCUUUAAUCCUU